CAUCCAUCACACUGUAGCAUCAGGGAGGUGUCUCUGAUUGGUCCAAAAUUUACAGCACGACGGGAUCCCGUAAAAAAAAAGAGGAUCUAUCUUCAGAGACAGGAGGAACGUAGAGUCCUGUCACAGAUGAUCUGAUCAGAGCUGUGACCUCAACACUGUGGAGGAAGUCUGUGAUCAGAUCACUAGUAGGAAGAAGACACUGAGGCAAAGUCCAUAUAAGGAAAACAUACAUUGAACAAGACACUGUGAAAAACAGAACCUUAUACAGUCAAUUAUAUUUAACAUUAUUCUAUUACCACUUUUACUCAAGUCAAAGCAGUGGUGGGGCUGCAGCGCCCCUCUCUGGCGGAAAAGGGAACAUCCGCUCAGUGUGCGCUCGGUUUACCGUCCCCAUGACAACCCGAGGAGACGCUAACACCGGCUCAACAGUGUGACAUCACAGACAGCUUCUGUUUACACAUCAACAACUUGACGGAAGUUUGGUAACUUUUAAUUUCAGUUUCCAGCAGUUUCUCUCAACCACCAUGGAGUCAGUGAUCGUUCCUGCCGAGGCGGAGGGGUUCGUUCAGAGUCUGGAAACUUUCUCCAUCAAGGCCGUGGGCUCUGCGAGGUGGUUCAGACAGCAUGAGUACAUCGAGAAACUGAACAUGCAAGCGAUCCUGAACGCCUCUGCCAUGCGGGAUGAGUUCAUCAAGGAGCUGCUGGUGUCAUAUGAGAAGAUCCCUCUCCUGGUCCAUGAGAUGAUCCUGGUAGAGGUGUGGAAGCAGAAGGUGUUCCCCAUCCUAUGUCAGCUGCAGGACUUCAAUCCUAAGAGCACAUUUCAUCUUUACAUGGUGAUCCACCACGAGGCUACAAUCAUUAACCUUCUGGAAACGAUCAUGUUCCACAAGGAUUCCUGUGAGGCAGCGGAUGACGCUGUUCUUGAUUUGGUGGAUUAUUGCCACCGGAAACUCACCCUGCUGGCCAGCAAGGCAAUCAGGGAGAACACUACAGCUCAGAUCAACCUGAAAGAUAAAACAGAUAUAUCCUCCAUAGAGGAGUUGCAGAUUCAAAUGGUUGCACUGGAGUUUGAGAUCUCGCUGAAGGCUGUGUCUGUGCUGCGCUACAUCACAGAUCACACCAACAGUAUCAGUGUCAUCAACCGCAUGCUGUGCACCCAUAACCUGCCUUGUGUGCUGGUUCAGCUGAUCGACUGCUGCCCAUGGAGUCGCUGCAGAGAAGGUGAGGUGGAGAAGUACAUGAACAGCAAGUGGCAGAAGAUUCCUGUGGACGACCAUUUAAAGAUGACAAAACUUGACGGCCAGGUCUGGAUCUCGCUUCACAAUCUGCUGCUAAAGGAAGAUUGCCAAAGAAAAUACGACUUAAACAGAUUCAACAAGAAUCAGAUGCUGAAGCUGCGAGGUUUCUUGACAGAGGUGCUGGUUGAUCAGCUGCCAAACCUGGUGGAGCUGCAGCGUUUCCUUGCUCAGCUCGCGGUCACAGAUCCAGGCCCUCCGAAAAAAGAGCUUGUUUUGGAGCAGAUCCCCGAAAUCUGGAACCACAUUGUGAGUGAGAACUCUGGGAAGUGGAAGGCAAUAGCAAAGUAUCAAGUGAAAGAAACGUUCAACCCGUCUGAAAAUGACCUGAGACUACAUGCAGAGAGGUUGGCUCAGACGUACAACUUGGAUGUGAUGGAGAGUUUACUCCCUGAGAAGCCAAAGUGUGGAGGCUGUGGGAAAGAGGCCGCAAAGAGAUGCUCUCGCUGUCAGGGGGAGUGGUACUGUAAUAGAGAAUGUCAGGUGAAGCACUGGCCGAAACACAAGAAAGCGUGUCAGCUCAUGGUCGAGGCCACAGAGAAGAUCCAGAUGGAUCUGCACAUCAAUAACUGAAAGAGAAACCGUUGCUCGCUGAUGUACAGAGAGAUGGAAAGUGCAAGAGGUUACUCUUUAUACCAAAGAUGUGUGGAAAACAGAUCUGCAUGUGGACAUAUCAUUUUUACAAUUUUUAUAUAUUAUAAAUUUCCCUUUUUGUUUUGAACCCUGUAAUGUUUGUUCCUAUAUCAUAAACUAGAAGGGAACUCAGAGAGCGAAUCCCUACGCCAAGGCUGACUGGUUAAUCUGCAUAUAGAUGUAUUGAGAUCAGAUACAUAUACCAUGUACACAGAAGUUACCUGCAAACUGCUCACAUUAAACACAGGCAAAAUGAUGUGAUAAAGUUGAAGGAAUAUUUGUUAAUGUACAGUAACUGAAUAAAGAUCACCC